CUUUUCUCAGUGGCUCCCCCCCGUUGCUAUUUCCCUCCCUCCCCCUUUUUCGUUUCCGGCGCUCCCGCCUUCUCGCCACAGCGACUCUCUCCCGAGCCUGUGGGGGGGGGGAGAGGGAGGGGGGCGUGGAGCAAUUGGGGUUCCCGGGAGCUCCAGCUCCAGCACUUCCGGCCCUCCCGCCCCACUCGGCUCCCUCCUUCCCCAGCGCAUGCAGCCCCUCCCGCGCUCCGGCUCAGGCUCUGGCGCCACCGCAGCAGUUGCCGCCGGAAAGUUCAGGAGCCCUGGAAAGGAGAAGGAAUAAGACGACAGGAGGAAGAGAGAGAGAGGGUAGAAUGGAAGAAUCUCACUUCAAUUCUAACCCGUACUUCUGGCCUUCUAUCCCCACAGUCUCAGGACAGAUUGAGAACACAAUGUUCAUCAACAAGAUGAAGGAUCAGCUGUUGCCAGAGAAGGGCUGUGGGCUGGCCCCACCUCACUAUCCCACCUUGCUAACAGUGCCUGCCUCAGUGUCUCUGCCCUCAGGCAUCAGCAUGGACACGGAGUCCAAGUCAGAGCAGCUCACGCCACACAGUCAGGCGUCUGUCACCCAGAAUAUCACAGUGGUCCCGGUGCCGUCGACGGGACUGAUGACUGCUGGAGUCUCCUGUUCUCAGAGGUGGAGAAGAGAAGGGAGUCAAUCAAGGGGUCCCGGUUUGGUAAUCACAUCCCCCUCAGGCUCUCUUGUGACCACAGCCUCAUCAGCUCAGAGCUUCCCCAUUUCGGCUCCCAUGAUUGUCUCAGCUCUUCCCCCUGGCUCACAAGCCCUGCAGGUGGUCCCCGAUCUCUCCAAGAAGGUAGCAUCCACCCUCACUGAAGAAGGAGGCGGAGGUGGUGGUGGAGGUGGCAGUGUGGCUCCUAAGCCCCCCCGGGGCCGCAAGAAGAAGCGGAUGCUGGAAUCAGGGCUUCCUGAGAUGAGUGACCCUUAUGUUCUCUCCCCUGAGGAUGACGAUGACCAUCAGAAAGACGGCAAGACCUAUAGGUGCCGGAUGUGCUCCCUGACAUUCUACUCAAAGUCGGAGAUGCAGAUCCACUCCAAGUCACACACCGAGACCAAGCCCCACAAGUGCCCACACUGUUCCAAGACCUUCGCCAAUAGCUCCUACCUGGCCCAGCACAUCCGAAUCCACUCAGGGGCUAAGCCCUACAGUUGUAACUUCUGUGAGAAGUCCUUCCGCCAGCUCUCCCACCUUCAGCAGCACACCCGGAUCCACUCCAAGAUGCACACGGAGACCAUCAAGCCCCACAAGUGCCCGCACUGCUCCAAGACCUUCGCCAACACCUCCUACCUGGCCCAGCACCUCCGUAUCCACUCGGGGGCCAAGCCCUACAACUGUUCCUACUGCCAGAAGGCCUUCCGCCAGCUCUCCCACCUCCAGCAGCACACACGAAUCCAUACCGGUGAUAGACCGUAUAAAUGUGCACACCCAGGCUGUGAAAAAGCCUUCACACAACUCUCCAAUCUGCAGUCCCAUAGACGGCAGCACAACAAAGAUAAACCCUUCAAGUGCCACAACUGUCAUCGGGCGUACACAGAUGCAGCAUCGCUGGAGGUGCACUUAUCUACACAUACGGUGAAGCACGCCAAGGUGUAUACUUGCACGAUCUGUAGUCGGGCGUACACAUCGGAAACGUACCUUAUGAAACACAUGCGCAAACACAACCCUCCUGAUCUCCAGCAACAAGUACAGGCGGCAGCGGCAGCAGCAGCAGUGGCCCAGGCCCAGGCCCAGGCCCAAGCCCAGGCCCAGGCCCAGGCCCAGGCCCAGGCCCAGGCCCAAGCGCAGGCCCAGGCCCAAGCCCAGGCCCAAGCCCAGGCCCAAGCCCAGGCCCAAGCUCAGGCCCAGGUGUCCCAGGCAUCGCAGCAGCAACAGCAGCCACAGCCACCGCACUUCCAGUCCCCUGGGGCAGCCCCCCAGGGUGGGGGCGGUGGGGAUAGCAACCCCAACCCUCCGCCCCAGUGCUCCUUUGACCUCACCCCCUAUAAGACAGCGGAGCACCAUAAGGACAUCUGCCUCACUGUCACCACCAGCACCAUCCAGGUGGAACACCUGGCCAGCUCUUAGAGAUCCAUGCUGCCACCCACUGGGAAGAGGAGAAGGAAGUUUUGGUCCCUUCUUUCUCCAGCCUCUCUGGGCAGCCAAAGUCCUCUUCUUCCUGGACAAGCCUCGGCUCCGCCUCCUUGGGCCUCAGGCACGGCUCUCCGUCAUAGCAGACCAUCUUUAUUUUCAACUCCUCUUCAAAAGAAACAUCAGCCCUCAGGCAAAGGAAUACUGAGCUGUCAUCCAGCGGCCCCUCCUGAGUAGAGCUUUUCAAAAUUGGGAGUUGGUGCUCACAAGAAGGGUUUGCUGUGACCUCACAGAAACUUGCCUGGUAUGGGCACUUAACCUCUCCGAUCCCUCUUCAUCCUGAGUUUGGGGGACAGAAGACUAGAAGCUGGCUUCCUCAUAACAGAAGGGAGCCCUGUGUGCAGCCCACCUCCUAUCCUGUGCUUGCCUUCAGAAGAACAGCGGUUUCUCGUGUGCCCCAGCCUGAGAGCCAUUCUCUUCCCUACAGAUCUCACUCCACUUCCUACCUAGUGCUGGUAGGAGAUUUGGGUGGGGAUUAGACCUCCUUUGUUUAUAAGGGGGCAAGGGCUGAGAUGUUGUCCCCAAGGGGCCAGAGAUUCCCCAGGUGGUCGAGGGUGGCUUGGAAGUGUGGGUUAUCGUUUCACUUGGAGCCUCUCCACCUUCUCUGCCCACCAAGUCCCUGCACUCCUCUCCCUGUCUCAGCCCCCGAGGAGCUUGGGAGGCUCUGUGCUCCAGGACGAGGGUGUUGCGGAGAAGGGAGAGUUCAGGGCAAACACAGGACUGGACAUAGCUCCCGAGGUGCCACGGUCAGAUGCCGGACACGGAUUUAUAUAUAAAUAUAUAUAUAUAUACAUAAAUAUAUAUAUAUACCCGCUCAUCAUGGCCAUCUUUGUUGUAACCAUUUCUGUGUUUAUAAAUGCAUUAUCUCUGAGAAUUUUCAUAUUUGAUGUCUUAUUUUAUUUUUGUUUUUUUUUUUUUUAAAAAGUCCCCGUCUCUUAUGGGCCCCGGCAUUUUUUUUUCCUUUUUCCUUUUUUUUUUUUUUAAUCAUAGCAAAUUUCGGAGAAGACAAAGAAUCAGGAAACCAGUUGUUAUACAGCAAUUUAAAAAUGAAAAAAAAAGAAAAAUUUAUGUACAAACCAAGGGGUGUUUUUAGAACAUUGUAUAGAAAUAAAUUCAUGUAAAAGGA